ACUGAGGGCGUCAGGGCAGUUCGCGAUGGCCGCGGCAGGUUCCGCUGCUAUGUCAGGGGCCGGGACCCCAGUGGUAGGGCCCACAGGCAGUGACCUCUUUGCAGAGGGACUCCUGGAGUUCCUGCGACCCGCCGUGCAGCAGCUCGACUCUCACGUGCACGCGGUCAGAGAAAGCCAAGUAGAGCUCCGGGAACAAAUUGACAACCUAGCUACAGAACUGUGCCGGAUCAAUGAGGAUCAGAAGGUGGCCCUGGAUCUGGACCCCUAUGUUAAGAAGCUGCUUAAUGCCAGGCGACGAGUUGUCUUGGUCAACAAUAUUUUACAGAAUGCACAGGAACGACUAAGGCGGUUAAACCACAGUGUGGCCAAGGAAACAGCUCGCAGGAGAGCCAUGCUGGAUUCAGGAGUUUACCCUCCUGGUUCUCCAAGCAAAUAAGUACGGGCCGUGACCUGAGCAUACAAGCACUGUUCUCCAAUGGCUUUGUCUGGUAGACAUGAGAAGAUUCCAGGAAAGUCUCUGUAGACCUUUGAUUUGUUUGCACUAUGUACUCAUUCAUGUAGCCGCCUCAAGGAACAUGCAUACGGCAGGACUGUUUCCUACAGAACCUCCAUUACAGCUUAUCCUUCCAAGAAUGAGCCUCUAUCUUUUGGGUUUUGUUUCUUGAGAAAAGGUCUCAAUAUGUAGUCCAGGCUGGCCUCAAACAAGUCCUCUUGCCUUAGCCUCCUGAAUGCUGAGAUUAUAAUAGGCAUGUCAGGGUGCCUGGCUCAAGCCUCUAUAUAUUUCCCCCGCCAAGAACAUUAAGUAAAUUAGGCAUCAUGUGGUAGAAAAUUGAGAAAAUACCAGAGAUUAAGUGAGAAAGUAUGCUCCUACUUCUCCCCCUCUGCUUCACCAGCUCCUCUCAGAAGGUAACAACCUUCCCAAUCACAACUGUUGCCUUCAUUACUACCCGAGAACAUAGCAGGUGGCAUGAGGACCCAAGGGCAAGGCAGAGCCUUGGCAGCUAAGAUCCUAAGCUUUUGUGAUUUGUGGUUAGACUACGGAUUUUAAGGGCUAGAGGAUGGCUCAGUGGUUAGGGGCACUGGUGAUUCUUCCAGAUGGCGGCCAGUUCUUAGCACCCACGUGGUGACUCACAGCAGUCUCUUAACUCCAGCUCCAGGGGAAUCCAAUGCCCUUGUCUGGCCUUUUGGGGCCCAACACACAUACACGAUGCAGAUACACAUGCAGGCAAAACAACCAUCCUCAUAAAAUGUAAAAGCGCCAUCCUUCCAAGGCUUAGCCAGCCAGUGUGAACCACACUGUUAAUCCUAUUACUUGUGCCUGGGCAAUUUCCUUUACCUGUAACUUCACUUUGUUUACAACUGAGGACUUAGGUAGAGUCAAGGUAAAUAAUUUAUCCUCUUGGCCACCCUGGCUUGACUAUGUUAAUAUUAAGUAUUGCUCAACAUUAUUAAAUAAAUGCUUGUAUUGGUUA